CGACUGUGGCGUGAGAUCAGUCAAGAUGGGCCAUACGGAUGGAUCAAGGUCGACAAGGCAGACCUUGAUCGCAUCAACCAAACGUCCGUGCGCUUGGAGGACGGAUCAGGGUAUCUUGCUGGGCUGGAAGUGUAUCAUGAGCUGCACUGCUUGAACUGGUUUCGCCGCAAGAUUCUGGGCCGGGAGAUCAAACUCCAGGAGGAUCCGACCCCCGAGUACCAUCUGGGCCACUGCCUCGAUAUUCUGCGACACAGUAUCCAAUGCCACGCGGAUCUGAGUCUGAUGCCCGUUCGCUGGGUCGAGGGCUACCCCUUCCCGUGGCCGGUUUUUCAAACCACCCGCACCUGCCGGAACUGGGACGACAUUUUCGCCUGGACGAAGGAGCACUCCAUCGGCGCUGCCGGGCGUGUGGUGCAUCCCCAUCUCGGGCCCGUCGACGGGAAGGACUUUGACCCGGAGACGUUGCCUCGUCCGGGCCAUAUUGUCUACAUCGAUGGGGAAUAA